AUGGCGUCGUUGUCAGCGCUGCACUGCUUGCUGCUGGUGUUUGUUCUUCUCUGUGGCGGUGCUCUGGCAGCGUCCCCACGGCGCUACCUCUCCGUCACGGUUGACAACCUCAUCAGCUCCAAGGCACAAGCCCAAGUCAACUGCUAUGAUCCCGACAGAACGAUGCCAGCUGCUGCAACUUCCGGCAACAGGCUUGCCAUCCACACUUCUUGCGGCCGCAGGCCCGAGCAAUCGAUGAGCCAGCGCGACAUACUCGUCCACGACAGAGCCCGGCUGAGCGCUGUCCUCGAGAGGUCGGCCGCCUCAGGUGCUAUGCCUCCGGUUCCAGCUAUCUCCUUCCCUCCUAUUUCGCUGGCACCUGUUCCAGGGCCGGCAUCGCCACCGUCCGCGACAAUCCCCGACCGCCCUGACCUCGAAACGGUGGAGUUCGUCGUCGUUGUCGGCUUCGGCACCCCUGCCCAGCCAUCCACCCUCAUGUUCGACACCGGCAGCGACGUGUCGUGGACUCAGUGCCAGCCAUGCACGGGCCACUGCUACAAGCAGGAGGGUCCUCUCUUCGACCCAUCCAAGUCCUCCACCUACGGCGUCGUGCCCUGCGGCGCGGGGGCGUGCAAAUUUGCCGGCGGCAGGUGCAACGGCACCACCUGCCUCUACAGCGUCCACUACGGCGACGGCUCGUCCACCGCCGGCGCUCUCUCCGAGGAGACGCUGACGUUCACCUCCUCACGCGCUUUCUCCAGCUUCGUGUUCGGAUGCGGCACCACAAACCUCGGCGACUUCGGCGAAGUCGACGGGUUACUCGGCCUCGGCCGCGGCAUACUCGCGUUGCCCUCACAAACCACUGCAUCGUUCGGAGGCUCAUUCUCGUACUGCCUGCCGUCUUUCAACAGCACGCCCGGGUACCUCAGCAUCGGCACGACGCCGGUGAUGGGCCAGGUCCAAUAUACUUACACCAUGCAGGGGAACAAACCCGCGCCGGGCUUCGACGAACUCGACACCUGCUACGACUUCUCCGGCCAGGGCGCCAUAGUCAUACCGGCGGUGUCGCUCAUAUUCAGCGACGGCGCCAUUUUCGACCUCAACUUCUACGGGAUCAUGAUAUUCCCGGACCAGACGCAGCCGGCCGUCGGCUGCCUCGCCUUCGUGGGGAGUCCCACGGGGAUGCCCUUCUCCGUCAUCGGCAACACGCAGCAGCGUUCCACCGAGGUCAUCUACAACGUUGGAGGGCAGAGGAUUGGUUUUGUUCCCAACAGUUGCUAA